AUGAGAGGCCCUCAGCUUAGUGGGUCGCUGCCAGACCCAUAUGCUACCAUUCGUGCGGCACUGCUAGAACGCUUCGAAGCGGCACAGCAGUUCUGGGCGGACAGCCUUCGCGGCCUGGAGCGAAGGGAAACCUUUUCCUCGACCUGGUCGUCGGGACACAAGUCUGCGACGUCUGAUAAGCGCCUGGUCAUCACUGCGGAUCUCAAAGACGACCAAUUGGAGAAGCAACUGGUGCAAGUGGAGGAAGACUACGGCAUCAAGCGGAAAAUCUUCUUCGAGGCGCUGUGGGCCAUUGUGCUUCGACAACACACGGGAUCCGACGACAUCGUCUUUGGUGCAGCCAACCAUGCUUGCAGUCUCCUUGACGAGAAGUGCUCGUCCGCCGAUAUCUAUCCCGUGCGCGUGAGCGCUGCAGAGGGCGCGAAAUUUGGCGAUUUGGUCUCGGCUCUUGAGUCGUUCCAUCGGAAAGCCUUCCGCCACAGCUUCCUGGAGUAUGCUGAGAUCGAGCACAUGCUGCCGGGGCCUCUCCCGACCUCCGUCUACUACUCAAAGGCGCCCAUCAGCUUUCAUGGCGACGCGUCAACCCUGCCUCUCGUCCUCAAUAUAUCAUCAGGACAAGCCUUAUCGCUUUCACUCGACGUCAGCUCGGUGCUUGAACGGCGUGAGGCCGAGGUCUUACUGUCACACUUCGUUGCGGCCCUGGACGAUGCGCUGUCCAAGCUAUAUCUGCCACACACGUCAAUUGACGAUAUCAAGAUCGAUUCCCGCGAGGAGCAUGUCUCGAUAUUGCGCACCAAUCGUUCAAAUAAGCGGGAACAUCCAAGCACGAUCGUGCAUCUGUUUGAAGAGGCCGUCAGAGAGUACCCCGACAAGGUCGCCCUCGAAAAUGAUCAGCACGAAAAGCUCACCUUCAGCGAGCUCAACCGCCUUUCAAAUCGGCUCGCGAGAUACCUCGCUCUCAAGAAAGACGACAUUGUCCCAAUCUGCAUGGAUCGAUCGAUCGAUAUGAUUGUUGCCAUGCUUUCUGUCCUGAAGUCUGGGGCCGCCUACACAAUCCUGGAUCCCCAGAGCCCUGCAGAACGUAACCGUCAGAUUGUCGAGGCUUCUGGGGCCAACACGGUGCUUGCGAACCAACAAUACAUGGACAUGUUACCGCGCACAGUCGACGUCGAUGUGGCCAUCGCCCAUUGCUGGCUGCAAUGCCAUGAGAUCGAUGGCUGCAACCUUCAGCUCUCCAUUUCACCCGAGCAAAAAGCAUACAUCAUAUACACCUCUGGCUCUACCGGCAAGCCAAAGGGCGUGGUAUUAACCCAUCGUGCUGCUACCAACGGUAUGGCGUAUCACAGUCUGAAUGGUCGAGAACGGUGGCUCCUCUUCUAUAAUCCGACAUUUUCGGCCGCACAGCGCACGAUGCUCUCAACACUUAUCCAUGGUGGCACACUCAUAAUCGCACCGAAGUCAAGGUUACAAGAGGACCUCGCAUUCUUGAUUAAGGACUUGCGGGUACAGAGCUUGGGUAUCACUCCUUCGGCAUUGUCCACCAUUCGCCCGCAGGACGUGCCAAGCUUAGAACUAGUCACUCUGGUUGGAGAAAGCAUCCAGCAGAGUCUGGUCUCCGAGUGGGCCGAUCAUGUCGAGUUACGAAACACCUACGGUCUCUCCGAAGUGACGCAACUCAAUUUUGGCACUCGCCUGACAUCCACCUCAAACCCAAGGAUCGUCGGUCGACCUGCAGAUACGACCAGUGCCUUUGUAUUGAAACCGGGGAAAACAGAUCUCGCAGCCUUUGGAAUCGCUGGUGAGCUCGGACUUGCAGGCCCACAGCUCGGCAUUGGAUACUUGAAUGAUCCCCUCAGGACUGCAAAGGUCUUCAUUGACAACCCCUUCGGCCCCGGAAAGCUUUACCGCACGGGUGAUCUGGCACGGAUGAACUACGAUGGGUCGUUCGAAAUCCUUGGCCGCAUUGAUUUCCAAGCCAAGAUCGCUGGACAGAAAGUUGAACCGUCUGAGGUCAAUUCUGCUCUCCUCAAGCAUCCCAGUGUUCAAGACGUUAUCACUGUUGCUGCUAACCUGGCGGAUCGCACUACUUUGGUUGCUGGACUGGUCGUCUUUGACGCUGCAGAGUGGACGUCGACUCUUUCCAGUGUCCGCAAACAUGCUGAAGAACAGCUUCCUUCCUACAUGGUCCCCUCUUUCUGGCUGCGGCUUGACGAGAUUCCGAAGAAUAUCAAUGGGAAAAUGGACCUCUUGCGAUUCAAGAAUCAUGUGGAAAGCAUGACCAUGGAGCAACUCAUCCAGGAUGCUUCUGCUCUGGAAGCAGGUAGCCAGAUCGAGGAUGCUGUGGAGACGACCAUCGCCGCGGCGUGGGCCACUCUCGCGGCCCUGCGGAAGGACAGGCUACAGACAACCCUGAAUGAGCUGCUAUCCGAUAUGACCAUUGCAGAAGCCGCCGUGAGCUACGAGAAAUUACCUGGCGACGAGACACAAGAAGAUCCACAGCCAUUCGAAUUGGUCACUGACAGUGCUCUGCGUCGGAGUCUAAUCGAAGACACGAACGUUGUGGACGCGUAUCCAGCGACAGCUUUACAGCAGGAUCUUCUCUCCUCGCUCGGCUCCAAGGAUGAUCCAUACACCUAUCGUCGUGUUUGGGAGGUCUCUGGCCUGGAUCUCGAGAGACUCAAGCAGAGCUUCGAGACUUACUUCCAACGAAGCGAUAUCCUGAAGACAUCGUUCAUCGCACAUGGCAGAUCUGUCUUCCAAACCAUCCGAUCCGACAUGCAACUUCCAUGGACGUGGAGUGAUCGGGAUCUGGACAGCUACCUCGCACAGGACAAGGCAGAACCCUUCAGCAUGGAUGGCCCGCUGUUCCGCAUUUCUCUCCUGUCGCAGCGGCUGCUUGUGGUUUCCAUGCAUCAUUCACUCUUCGACUUCUGGUCGUUCCGAUUCCUGUACCACGACGUUGCAGCUAUCUACUUUGGAUUGACACCAGCUGUACGUGCUCCGUUCAAACGCUACGUCAACCACAUCGCCAAGACCAAUGAUACAAAGACUCGUCGCUUCUGGAAGACGGAGCUCACAGGCGCUGAGGCGACCAUUUUGAAUCCGUAUCCGACGUCGAGUACGGUGAAGCUUGCAGUAUCAAGGCCCAAUGACCUUCAAGACCGGCUUAGAGAGCUCGGGCUUACGCUCGGCGCGGUCCUCUAUGCUGCUUGGGCCAUUUUGCUGUCUAAGCACACCGGCACUUCAGAUGUUACCUUCCUGACGUCUCUCAGUGGCCGGGACACACCAGUCUCUGGAAUCGACAGCAUCGACGGUCCUACCCUUGCAAUGGUCCCGCAACGUACUCAAUUAGAUCCCGAAGCACGACUCGAUGAUGUGGCUCGGGCCAUUGGAGCCCACGUGAGGACAUUGAGCGAGCAUGCGCACUACGGUAUGCGGAAUGCUCUAUCCUCAGCCAAUCUGCAGCAGGACUUAUUCGAUACAUUCCUCAAUGUUCUUGUCUCCCCGGAGGAAGAUCCGGUCACCGAUCGUGUCUUCAAGCGAUUCGGGCCGCCUUGGCAAUGGGACAAUCCUUUCACGACCAUGGAGGUCGAGGAGAGAGAUGGCCAGAUCCUGUUCCGAAUUUCAGGCCGUCUGGAGGAACGUCGACUGCAGUAUAUUCUGGACUCGUAUCUCAUUGCUAUCGACGCUAUUGUUCAAGAGCCAUUGCAAAUGGUUUCUCAGGUCGACAUCAUCGGACCGAAAGAGAAGGACUAUCUGUACAAUGCUCUCAGCAAUCGAAGCACGCUCAGAGUGCCGACUCCGGAGCUGCUCCAUCACCGCUUUGAACAGCAUGCAGUCAAUACACCAGAGGCAAUUGCCAUUGACUGGCAGGCCGAGACGCAGUUGAGUUAUGCAGAGUUGGAUCGACGAGCCAAUAUCCUCGCUCAUCACCUCAUCCAGACUGGCGCUCGUGUUGGAGAUCGAAUCCCACUAAUGCUGGACAAGUCGAUAGACACCAUGGUCGCCAUUCUUGGGGUCAUGAAAGCCGGAGCAGCCUACGUUCCUCUCAACCCAGAGAAUCCGGUCGAGCGCAAUCUCUUCAUUGUGAAAGAUGUCCAAGCCAAAACUUUGAUCGUACACGAGAGAUACUUGGAUUUCUGCUCCGAAAAUGGUCUACCCGCAGUUCUCAUCGAUCAGAUGUCGUUCGACACCGAGAACGUGGAGGCUCCCCAGAUCUCAGUCACACCGGACCACCUCGCGUAUAUCAUCUAUACUUCUGGAUCCAGCGGGAUGCCCAAAGGCGUCAAGGUCCCUCAUCGCUCUGCGGCUGCCGCUGUGACUAGUAUGGAAGAAGCCGAAGGCCGGGGCUCCGGUGAGUGGAGGACAUUGCAGUUCGCCAACUAUGUCUUUGAUGCGUCAGUUCAAGACAUCUUCAACACACUUUCGACGGGCGGAACGCUCUGCAUGGCACCGCAAGACGUUCUCUUGUCUAAUCUAGCGGGCACAAUUCAGUCCAUGAAUGUCAAGCAAGCCAUCAUCACACCCACGGUGGCAAAGCUACUGCAGCCCUCGGAAGUGCCGAGCAUGACCACGCUGAUCGUCGGAGGCGAACCUCUGACCAAAGAUGUCGUGGCUGCGUGGGCUCCAGAUCAUCAAAUUCUGAAUGUCUACGGCCCUACCGAGACGAGCAUGGUGGUCACGACCAAAGAUGUUCAGCGAGGUGAUCUGAUCUCCAAUAUCGGCGCGCCGUUCCCGACAGUCAUGGCUUUCAUUGUCGACCCGAAUGGAAUGUCCCUGGUCCCGUACGGGGCUGUUGGAGAGCUCUGCAUUUCUGGACCCCAGGUGACUGAUGGCUAUGUCAACAGAGACGAUCUGACCUCCGCUGCGUUCGUGGAUGGUUCAGAUCUUGAAGUUGGCAGGCUAUACCGCACCGGCGACCUUGCACGGUGGCUGCCGGGGGGAGAGAUCUCUUGUCUCGGUCGUAAAGACGGACAGAUCAAGAUUCAUGGCCAUCGAAUCGAGCUCGGCGAGAUCGAGGUUGCUCUCGUGAAGACGGGAGUCGUUGAGGAAGCUGCCGUCAUCGUCACAGAAGUCAGUGGCAAGCCGAGCCUGGUAGCUUUCUGUGUCUUUGCUCAAUCCGGCUCCACUGCUAUACAGAGCGCUGAUGAGCAUGCCGAAGACUUCAAACUGCUUCGAGACGGACUGGCAACCUCUGGACUGACGCCCUACAUGAUUCCGAACAUCGUACUCCCUGUCGGGGCCUUGCCCAAGCUGCCCAGCCGAAAGGUCGAUCGGAAAACGCUGAAGAGCCAAGCCGAGCUGAUUGACGCCAGUGUUUUGCGACAAUAUGCACUGUCCCGAGCCGAGUCUGCUCAACAGUACGUCGCGCCUGCAAAUGACCCAGAAGCCAAGCUUGAGCAGCUGUGGAGCAACGUCCUCGGCGUCCCUGCCUCUGAGAUCGGGCGUUUGGCCGACUUCAAGGCCCUCGGGGGUGAUUCCAUCACGGCGAUUUCGCUUUCCAGUGCCAUUAGCAGGGCAGGAUUCACGCUCAGCGUCAGCCAUAUCUUGAGAAGCCCACGUUUGAGCGAGAUGGCGGCUCUCAUGAAGCCGAAGCAGCAAGACGGCAGCAAUGCCGCACGCAGAAAGCAGUAUGCGGUGGGCCCCGAGGUGGAACGGAAGUUGGAAGAGGCUGGCUUGAGCUCGGAAGAUGUCGAAUAUGUUUACCCAGCGCCACCAGGCCAGGCGGAGUUUGCCCGUCAGGGAUCCCGGGAAGAACAGAUGUGGAUGCUCAUGACGGUUCGCCGCAUGCCUGCUGGCACUGACAUGGACAAAUGGACAUCGGCGACAACUCGACUGAUCCAAACCAACGACAUUCUGCGCACAUCCUGGCUCCCCGUUAGCGAUGAGGAGUGGGCAGGCGUCGUGCUGCGCUCUCACACGCCGCAAUUAGAGGUCGUCGAUUGCCCGUCCGAGACAUUCGCCGAAGAGUUCAUUGAAAAAUUCUGGCAAGACCGUUUCGUCUUCGGCAAGCCGUUCAUCAAAUUCGCCUUGCUCAAACAUCCCGACGGCUCGUGCGAUGUCGUGGUGAAAUUGAACCACGCCGUCUACGAUGGCACCUUGUUGCGCAUCUUCGACGACCAUUUCGGAGCAAUUCUCGCAGACCAACCCAUUCCAGAACACGGCCAAUUCCGAGACUUCGCCUUCCACAUCUACGAAUCCGAAAAAGCCGCCUCCUUGAACUACUGGAAACAAACCAUGUCCGGACGCACCCACACAUUCCUCCACUCCACCCCCUCCCCCAAAAUCACAGCCACCACCCGCUCCAUCAUCUCCACCGACCUCGAAUCCCUCGCUUCCACCACCGGCGUCAGUCCCUCCUCCAUCUUCCAGGCCGCAUACCAACUCUGGCUCGCGCGCACCAGCAAAUCUCCCGACGUAAACUUCGACUACCUCCUCUCCGGCCGCAACGUCGACCUCCCCGACCCCAUGACAAUCAACGGCACGCUCGCCAACUUCCUCCCCGUCCGCCACCAACUUCACGAAAGCACCACCACCCUCCGAGAAUUCCUCCAAGCCACGCAAGAGAACUUCUGGAACAUGACCGAGCACGGAAACGUCGGGCUCGACGACAUCUACCGGGCCGCGGGUCUCGAUCGCCACGCGUUCGGGAAUCGCACGUUGUUUCUUUUUCAGCCGUUCGAACCCGCCGGUGCGCCCGACGAGAGGAGGUGGUUGGUUUUGGCCAAGAGUCGGGUCCGGAUGUACCAGCCUUAUGCGCUGGUUGUGGAGGUGGCGAAGGCGGUGGAGGGGAGGCAUAAGUUGGCGGUGAUGUACGAUGAGACGGUGUUUAGUCAUGAGAGGGCGAGGGAGAUUGCGGAGGAGAUUCGGGGGAUUGUGGAGGGGUUUGCGGUGGGGGGUGGGGAGGGGAGGGUUUUGGAGGAGAUUUGA